AUGUUGGACAGGAAGUACUGUCUGUUUGUGUGGUCUGAUCAGUGUGUCAUUGUAUGUCCCCUCUCCCUCUCCCUCCUCCUGCCAGUCACACCCGAGGCCAUCGGCUUCCUGUCGGCGGUAGGCGUCUUCAUCGUGGCGUUGGCCGUCCUCUUCCUGUUCAUCAACAAGAAACUGUGCUUUUCGAGGGUUGGUGGACUGCCCUGUUUAGAGCAACGAGGCCACCACAAGAAGGGACGACUCGGCGUUCUGCAGGGGCUCGUGAGCAGUUAUGGUGAUGAAGACGAUGAUGUCACCAGCUCCUCCGACAGCGAAGACCAGGUCCUGAAGCAGUUCGAGAUCUCCGUGUCCCGCUCGCAGAGUUUCCGCUCCGCGGCCGCCUACGCUGGUGUGGAGGUUUCCCACAAAGCUCAGCUGCAGCUGGGACGGCGCCACAAGUUCGCCCGCCUGUCAGACCAGGAGGAGGGCAGCACCGAACCCUCGGACUGUGAAGAGAUGGAGGCUCCGGACCGGCAGGUGUUCCUGGACCCACUCUGUGUUCUGGAGGAGAAGACUGUGAGGACGUCCACGCUGUCUCUGGACAAACCUUCAGACAUCCCAGCGUCCAGAACCGGGGACAGUCCCAGCCUGAGCCGGCAGGCCGCGGACGGCAGCGAGGGUGCAGAGGACUCUUUGGACCAGAACCAGGACGGUGCUGCAGACGGCUCAGAGCUGAAAGCAGCUGUCCUCGAUGACGUCGCCUCUCAGCCUCGAACCCCCAUUUCUAAAUGUGGGGACCUGGACCUGUCUCUGGAGUACCGGCCCGACUCGGAGAGGCUGCUGGUCACGGUGAUCGCCGCUCGGAACAUUCCCGACAAGGCUCGCAGCGGCAUGGACUCCUGGCAGGUGCACACGGUCCUGCUGCCGUCCAAGAAGCAACGCCACAAGACAUCGGUGCAGAGAGGCUCGGAGCCGCGCUUCACCGAGACGGUCCGCUUCUCGCGCCUGGAGCCCUCCGAUCUGCAGACGUCCGCCGUCCGGUUCCGGCUGUAUGCGCUCGGAGGACGGAUGUCCCGUGAGAGGAUGAUGGGGGAGAAAGUGCUGCGUCUAGCCGGGCUGGACCCAGACGGGGGGACGAUGGAGACCACGCUGGUUCUCGAACCUCGCAGCAACCUGAAGAGUCUGGACUCCCAGCUGAGUUUGUCCGCCGUGUCUCAGAGCGACAGCGCCUCGUCCACUCAGUCCCUGACCCACGGCGGCGUCCCCGAGCUGCUGGUCGGCCUGUCCUACAACGCCACCACGGGACGCAUGUCUGUGGAGCUCAUCAAAGGAAGCCACUUCAGGAACCUGGCAACCAGCCGGCCUCCAGACACCUACGGGCGGCUGACCCUAUUGAACUCCAUGGGUCAGGAGGUCUCCCGGUGUAAGACGUCCAUGCGCCGCGGCCAGCCCAACCCGGUCUACAAGGAGACCUUUGUGUUCCAGGUGGCACUCUUUCAGCUGUCGGACGUCACUCUGCUGCUCUCCAUCUACAACCGCCGCAGCAUGAAGCGCAAAGAGAUGGUGGGCUGGGUGGCACUGGGUCAGAACAGCAGCGGCGAGGAGGAGCAGCUCCACUGGCAGGACAUGAAGGAGGGUCGAGGACAGCAGGUCUGCCGCUGGCACGUCCUGCUGGAGGCGUAACGCCGCUCGCCGGGCCGGACGCCAUGUUUUAUACAGAUGACUCCACCUGCAGCUUGUUCUGCAAGUUAACGAGAGCAGAAAGGACGACUGGGGGGUCGGGUCGGGUUGGGUCCACCUUUAGUGGCUGACACGUUUACAUUCAUGAUGAGCUGAGAGUAAAAACUGAUUCAGGUCCUCCUGAGAGACGAGCUGAGGAUCGUUUCCUGUCAAACAUCUGCUGAGCCUUGUUCAGUCAGACCCUCUUAUUAUUGUGCACACACUGAGGAACACAUGAGGAGCACACACACACUCCGAAUGUCAGGGAAUCAAACCUCUGACAAACCUGCACUCAUCAAACACUAACGCUGAUCUGAAAGUUAUUUUAGGUUCAAAGGUCACCGUUUCAGUCAUAACUAUAGAGAAAUCACACUUCCUGUGAAGUGCAAAUGCUUGUUGCAGACGAACUUACUGAAAAACAGCUGAAAUGAGCUAAAAUCAUACUGAAAUGGAAGAACAAGCCUAAGUU